GCGAGAUGGCGAGAUCCCGCGGGGCAACGCCCCCUGCCACCUUCCGCGCGCCGGUACCUGAGCAAUGGGGUCGCCGACGUGUAGGCUCGUGUCCGGGUUUAAUUCAUUGAACAGGACUAAUGUCAUACUGCAGCAUUUGAGAAUGUCUAAGCACACGGAUGCCGCAGAAGUACUUUUGGAAAGAAAAGGUUGUGCAGGAGUGAUAACACUAAACAGACCAAAGUUCCUAAAUGCACUGAAUCUUAGUAUGAUCCGGCACAUUUAUCCACAGCUCAAGAAUUGGGAACAAGAUCCUGAAACUUUCCUGAUCAUUAUAAAAGGAACUGGUGGAAAGGCUUUCUGUGCUGGGGGUGAUAUCAGAGUAAUCUCCGAAGCUGGGAAGGCAAACCAGAAGAUAGCUCAAGAUUUCUUCAGAGAAGAAUAUACACUGAACAAUGCCAUUGGUUCUUGCCGGAAACCGUAUGUUGCUCUUAUUCAUGGAAUUACGAUGGGUGGGGGAGUUGGUCUCUCAGUUCAUGGGCGAUUCCGAGUGGCUACUGAAAAGUCUCUUUUUGCGAUGCCAGAAACAGCAAUAGGACUGUUCCCUGACGUGGGUGGAGGUUAUUUCUUGCCACGACUUCGAGGAAAACUUGGCUACUUCCUUGCCUUAACAGGAUUCAGGCUGAAAGGAAGAGAUGUGUAUGCAGCAGGAAUUGCUACACAUUUUGUAGAUUCUGAAAAGUUGGGCAUGUUAGAAGAAGAUUUGUUAGCCCUAAAAUCUCCUUCAAAAGAAAAUAUUGCAGAUGUCUUGGAUGCUUACCAUGCCAAGUCCAAGAUUGAUCAAGACAAGUCUUUUAUACUUGAGGAACACAUGGACAACAUAAACAGUUGGUUCUCGGCCAAUACUGUGGAACAGAUAAUUGAGAAUUUACAGCAAGAUGGUUCAUCUUUUGCCCUAGAACAGUUGAAGAUAAUUAAUAAAAUGUCCCCGACAUCCCUAAAGAUCACACUAAGGCAGCUCAUCGAGGGCUCUUCAAAGACCUUGCAAGAAGUAUUUACUAUGGAAUAUCGGCUGAGUCAAGCUUGUAUGGGAGGCCAUGACUUUUAUGAAGGUGUUAGGGCAGUUUUAAUAGAUAAAGACCAGAGUCCAAAGUGGAGACCAGCUGAUCUAAAAGAAGUUACUGAUGAAGAUUUGAAUAAUUACUUUAAGUCUCUGGGAAGUAACGAUUUGAAAUUCUAAGGUGACUAGAUUUUUAAGGUAUUAUUUUGGAGCACAUGUUGGCAAACUAUAGUACAUGGGCCAGAUCUGGCCUGCUGCCUGUUGCUGAGUUUUCCACAAGCUAAGAAUGUUUUCUGCAUUUUUAAAUGGCUGAGG